AUGAAGUUUCUUCUACUACUGCUCCUGCAGGCCACUGCUUCUGGAGCUCUUCCCCUGAACAGCUCUACAAGCCUGGAAAAAAAUAAUGAGCUAUUUGGUGAAAGAUACUUAGAAAAUUUUUAUGGCCUUGAGAAGAACAAACUUCCAGUGACAAAAAUGAAAGCCAGUGGAAACUUACUAAAGGAAAAAAUUCAGGAAAUGCAGCAGUUCUUGGGGCUGAAAGUAACUGGGCAAUUGGACACAUCUACUCUGGAGACGAUGCACACACCUCGAUGUGGAGUCCCUGAUGUCCAUCAUUUCACAACAAUGGCAGGGAGGCCGGUAUGGAAGAAACAUUAUAUUACCUACAGCAUCCAUAAUUAUACACCUGACAUGAACCAUGAGGAUGUUGACUACACAAUCCAGAAAGCUUUCCAAGUAUGGAGUAAUGUUAGCCCCUUGAAAUUCAGCAAGAUUAACACAGGCGUGGCUGACAUUGUGAUGUUUUUUGCACGUGGAGCUCAUGGAGACUACAAUGCUUUUGAUGGCAGAGGUGGAGUCAUAGCCCAUGCUUUUGGACCUGGAGAUGGCAUUGGAGGGGAUACACAUUUUGAUGAGGACGAAUUCUGGACUAUAAAUUCCAAAGGCACGAAUUUGUUCCUUGUUGCUGUUCAUGAGAUUGGCCAUUCCUUAGGUCUUGGCCAUUCCAAUGAUCCAAAUGCCAUCAUGUUCCCCACCUACAAAUAUGUUGAUCUCAGCACAUUUCGCCUCUCUGCUGAUGACAUACGUGGCAUUCAGUCACUCUAUGGUCCAAAAGAGUACCAACCCAUGCCAAAGCCUGAAAAUUCUAAACCAGCACUCUGUGACCCCAAUUUGAGUUUUGAUGCUGUCACUACAGUGGGAGAUAAGAUCUUUUUCUUCAAAGACAGGUUCCUCUUGGUGACAUUUCCUCAGAGGCCAAAGACCAGUGUUAGUUUAAUUUCUUCCUUAUGGCCAACCUUGCCAUCUAGCAUUCAAGCUGCUUAUGAAAUUGAAGCCAGAAAUCAAGUUUUUCUUUUUAAAGAUGACAAAUACUGGUUGAUUAGCAAUUUAAGACCACAGCCAAAUUAUCCUAAGAACAUACGUUCUUUUGGUUUCCCUAACUUUGUGAAAAAAAUUGAUGCAGCUGUUUAUAACCCACAUUUACAUAAGACCUACUUCUUUAUAGAUAACCAAUAUUGGAGGUAUGAUGAGAGGAGACAUUUGAUGGACCCUGAUUAUCCCAAACUGAUUACCAAGAACUUCCCAGUAACUGGGUCGAAAAUUGAUGCAGUCUUUUCUAAAAACAGAUACUACUAUUUCUUCCAAGGAGCUAACCAAUUUGAAUAUGAUUUCCUAUCUCAACGUGUCACCAAAAGACUGAAAAGCAAUAGCUGGUUUGGUUGUUAG